CUCUCCUUCUUGUGUUUCCCUCAAAACUCCUCUGUUUCUAUUGUUUUCUUCUUCACACCAAAGCCAAACGUGACACCCUCUCUCUCUCUCUUCUCUCUUCUUUCUUAUUUCCUCUAGAGAGAGAAAAAAAUACAUAUUCAUUACCGGAUAUGUAUUUCUGGUAUAUUCAUUUCCGGCUAUAAUUCAGCUGAGUUUGCAGCAGUAAGAGACUACACCACUUUUUAUUUAUUUUCAGUAUAAUGCCUGAAACCCUUAUAUUAUCGAACCAGAUUACUGAAAUAUCAACUAGAAAAAAAGAGAAUAACAACGAUGAGGAUGAAAAAGAUAGUACGAGCACCACCACGACAACCACACCGAGGUCAGUUAUUAUCAUACCUCGUAGCAAAUCACAAGCAGCGUCAAGAAGAGUAAUACCGACAGAUGGUACAACAUGUACAGCAUCAGAUACAAGUGCCAGUAGUAUAGUGGAAAAGCACCUGCCAAAUGGAGAUCUAUAUAUAGGUAGCUUUUCAAACAGUUCACCUCAUGGAUCCGGUAAGUAUUUAUGGAAAGAUGGUUGUAUGUAUGAAGGUGAGUGGAAAAGAGGUAAAGCAUCUGGAAAAGGAAAGUUUUCUUGGCCAUCUGGUGCUACAUUUGAAGGUGAAUUUAAGUCGGGUCGAAUGGAAGGUUCGGGUACUUUUAUUGGAUCUGAAGGUGAUAUGUACAAAGGUUCUUGGUCUAGUGAUAAAAAACAUGGUUAUGGUAUGAAGAAUUAUAGUAAUGGUGAUUAUUAUGAAGGACAUUGGAAAAGGAAUUUACAAGAUGGACAAGGUAGAUACGUAUGGAAAAAUGGUAAUGAAUAUGUUGGUGAAUGGAAAAAUGGAGAUAUACAUGGUAGAGGUGUGUUAAUUUGGGCUAAUGGAAAUAGAUAUGAUGGGAAUUGGGAAAGUGGUGUACCUAAAGGACAAGGUGUUUUCACUUGGCCUGAUGGGAGUUGUUAUAUUGGGUGUUGGAGUAAGCACCAGAAUCAAGUUCUUAAUGGUACUUUUUAUCCUGCAAAUAGCAGAACUAAUAAGAACAAUGUCGAUUUUAGCGGUAAGGAAGAUGUUUUCGGGGGAUUUUUCGGGCAUAAGUUGGCAGCCGCACCUUUAAUGGGUGGUGAUGAAGAUUGUGGUGCUGGAGUUGUAGUGAUGAAUGUGGGGAAGAAGAGGUCAUCGGUAGACGGGGCGAGGGGAAGUAUGACGGAGAGGAAUUUUCCAAGGAUUUGUAUUUGGGAAUCGGAUGGUGAAGCGGGUGAUAUUACUUGUGAUAUUAUCGAUAAUGUAGAGGCUUCGAUGAUUUAUAGAGAUGGGUUCGGGUUUGAUCGAGAUGGACUUAAGCAGUUUAGGAGAAAUCCUUGUUGUUUUAGUAAAGAAGAAAAGAAACCAGGACAGACUAUAUCUAAAGGGCAUAAGAAUUAUGAUUUGAUGCUUAAUCUCCAGUUGGGCAUUAGGUAUUCAGUUGGGAAGCAUGCUUCGAUAUUGCGGGCUCUUAAAACCAGUGAUUUUGAUCCUAAUGAGAAGUUUUGGACCAGAUUUCCACCCUUAGGGUCCAAAAUUACACCCCCUCAUCAAUCUACUGAUUUUCGUUGGAAGGAUUAUUGCCCAGUCGUGUUUAGACAUUUAAGAGAACUAUUCCGAGUGGAUCCUGCUGAUUACAUGUUGGCAAUUUGUGGAAAUGAUGCCUUGAGAGAGCUUUCUUCUCCGGGGAAGAGUGGAAGCUUCUUUUAUUUGACUCAGGAUGAUAGGUUUAUGAUCAAAACUGUGAAAAAAUCAGAAGUCAAGGUGCUUAUCAAGAUGCUUCCAAGUUACUAUGAACAUGUUUGUCGUUAUGAAAAUACCCUUGUCACAAAAUUCUAUGGUGUCCAUUGUGUCAAACCAGUUGGUGGUGUCAAGACACGGUUCAUUGUGAUGGGCAACAUGUUCUGUUCAGAAUAUCGUAUUCACAAACGGUUUGACCUGAAAGGUUCGUCACAUGGCCGCACAACUGAUAAACCCGAAGAAGAAAUUGAUGAAACCACUACCCUUAAGGACCUUGAUCUGAACUUUGUCUUCCGUCUCCAGCGGAAAUGGUACGAUGAACUGAUCAAACAAAUUGAUCGUGAUUGUGAAUUUUUGGAAGCUGAGCGAAUCAUGGAUUACAGUCUCUUGGUUGGUCUUCACUUCCGAGAUGAUAAUAGGGGUGACAAGAUGGGUUUAUCACCAUUCCUGUUGCGUACAGGAAAGAAUGAUUCGUACCAAACUGAGAAGUUCAUGCGUGGCUGUCGUUUCCUUGAAGCUGAGCUACAAGACAUGGAUAGGGUUCUUGCUGGCCGGAAACCUUUGAUUCAGUUGGGUGCUAACAUGCCUGCAAGAGCAGAGCGGGUGGCACGGAGGAGUGAUUUUGAUCAGUAUACUCCUGGUGGGUUCUGUAAUUUGCCUCCUUCCCGCGGGGAAGUCUACGAAGUAGUCCUCUACUUUGGGAUCAUUGACAUUCUGCAGGAUUAUGAUAUUAGCAAGAAGCUUGAACACGCUUACAAAUCCUUGCAAGCUGACCCCACCUCAAUCUCAGCGGUCGAUCCAAAACUCUAUUCAAAGAGAUUUCGGAAUUUCAUAGGCAGAGUAUUUGUCGAAGACAGGUGAUAAUAGGGCAAGAGAACAAAAAAUCAAACAGCAAAACAAAAUUGCUGUUAAAUUAUAGAGGUUCUUCGUUGAAUCUGGGAUCCCAAGCGGUGAAGCACAAUGCCUGGAAUGAGCGGCGGCAGCAGCACCCGGUGUUCAUAAUCGAAAAAACAUAUUGGCUCCGAUGGUCACAUGGUCGAAGAUAUUUUUGGCUCGGAUGUAUCAUUCAUGCGUGGUGGUGCUUGGUGGGGUUUGUUAGUGGCUGAAUUUUAUGGAUAAGCCAUUGGUUGAGUGUAAGUUUUGUGUAUAUUCCAUGAGGGGGGGGGGGGGGGGAUAUUUGGUUGAAUGGUUAUUUUUGUGCUUUAGUUUUAGGGAAUAUUUUUUUGAGCAUAGGGAACUGAGCAAGUUUCUCAGUUGAGAUUCAAAAAAAGAUUGGAGUGAGGGAGGAAAGGAGACUUUGAAUAAUCAAAGUGUACAGCAUAUAGGUUGAAUAGAUUAUGAAAAAUAUAUAUGUUAUAUAUUUGUGUGAAA